AUGUCGAAGCAUUACCGCGCCAUCCGCAGCUUCCUGCCCACGGCAACGGCAGUCGGAAAGCGUCUCUCGCGCCAGACCUCCCAGGAGAUCGUCCUGGGUGGCAGCAUCGGCAUUCCUCUGCCAGAGACCUCCUCGCUCGUGCCACGUAUUGAUACUAUAACGCAGUCAUCUCUCGGCGCGCUUCACCCCAACGGCCCCGCGAUUUCCGCUACGUCGUCCGCGGUGUCCGCAUCAUCCGGCGCGCCUCUCGCAGCAUUGUCCUCAGCGGAAUCAAAUUCCCGGAGCAACUACGAUUACUCAUGCUCCCCGUCUCUUCCCGUCUCAUCUUACUCUCCUACCCGUGCCGCCGCCAAUGGAACCACCAUCGGCGAUCAACCCCGAUCCUCCGAGCCGCCCAUGCCUGCCGUCCUUCCUGUCUUCGGCGUUGCUCGCCGAUAUUUCCCAGGCCCCUCACCCCUCUCCAAAGGAAUUCCCGGCUCCUGGUCCAAUUCUGGACCCCCAUUUCCAGCAAAAUGCGCAUUUCCCGCCGCUUUUCCCGCGGCUGUUUCCGCCGCGGACGCCGCCCCGCAACGCGGGGUGCUGCUCCGUAGUGGUUCGAGCUCUGCCACGUGCGGCGAUUUGAAUGGCGGGUUUCUGCAGCAUGAUUGGAUGCAACGAGCCGCGUGGUUGGCCACAGCGGGGGAUGCGGACAAUGGCGCUGACGAUGCGGCUGCUGCUGACGUGGCGGAACGUGACUACAGCGGGGGGAGGGACGAUGAGAUUGGCGACGGGGAGAAAUGCACGGCGACUGCCGACGGCGACAGCGCUCUUGACGUGCCGAAUCGAACGGUCGAAGUCGAUCAGACUGCACAGGGUAAAACCGCAGAUCGUCGGAAUGACGUGAGAGUAUGCAGCUCAGCAACGCGUCUCCUUCCAAAACCCCCAACGACGUCAGGGACUAAUCCCGAAUUCGUUUUUCGCGGGGAUGAGGACCCCGCGUACUGGGUUGACAGCACGCAGACGUACCACAGCGCCGGAUGGAUCGGCAGCAACCAACAUCACCACCACGAGCCGCGUCACGAUCGUUUAGCCUCUGCUUGUGCUCCCGACGACACGUGUCCGAAAUCAUCGCACACGAGUCGUUCGUACUCGCAUGAUUAUCAGACCAAUGCCGCUGGGUGGUUGGAUGACAGAGAUUGCAUGGCGGCAGAAUCAUGGGUGAACGACAGCCGUAGAUCGCUGGACGAGGUGUGGAUGGACAGCGCGCGAUCUCGCAUCCGCGACGCGGCGUUGCAGCUCGUGGAGGCUCAGCAAGCGGCGCUGGAGCACAGCAGAGUAGCGUCGGCCAUGGAAGCCGCCAUGCUGGAGAGGCAGAAGAGCCUGGGGAGGCAGACGAGCCUGGGGAGGAGCCCUGGGGGGGGAAGCGGGAAAGGCGAUAAACACCCGAAGCAGCCCGAUGCGCAGGCUUGGUAUGGGAGGUCGGGGAGGGGGAGCAGCCUGUGA